GGUUUUAUUGGAUUAUUAUCAACUAUGCUUUUGAUUAAUUAAAAAAAAAUUGAAGGGCUGAUUUUUAAUUAGUAGAGAAGCUUUUGGACAAGAUUAUUAAAAAGUGGUGUUCGGAAGAAAAACAGAAGAAAAAUUAAAAGACUAACGAAACUUCUUUUCUUCAUCAAUGGCGGAUCCUAGUCAAGAAGCCAGUUUCUGGGCGCAGGCAAAUGCGUUACUUAGAAAGAACUUAACCUACCAGAGGAGACACAUAUGGACGAAUGUUAGACUCGUCCUGGUUCCACUACUCCUUUGCUUACUUCUCCUAGGGAUUCAACUGUUGCUUGAUGCUGUGGUGAAUAAGGCCUCUGAUUUGACUAACUGUGCAAGUCAAGAUGAUUUUUCUAGUGGUGAUUGUCCCAUCCCAAACCCUCCAUUGUUGCCUCCACUGUUACAGAUUCCAGAACCUGAAUCUCGGGCUGUCAGUGGUGGUUUCUUUUCAUACGAAGACCUUCCUGACAAGUCGUGUAGAAAAACAGGAACUUGUCCUGUUACUAUACUUGUAACUGGGAAUAACCAUUCCCUUGGUCAAGCUUUAUCUGGGAAUAUGUUUGGUGGUUCGUUUGCUGUGAAUUCCUCUGACCUCUUGUCUAGUUUAGCCUAUAAUGUCUUGGGUUCAACACUAGCACCAGGCACAAACAAUUAUGCAGAUCCCGGGAUUGAGUCGGAUAUUCCCAUCUACAGUAUCCAAUCUCAGUGCAGUCCAAACUCUACAUGGCCACUCUCACUCGGAAAAACUCAUACAGUGGUGAACUGUGUUCAAGGGUUGUCUCUCUGGCGAAAUAACUCUGUAGAGGUCAAUGAUGAGCUUUUCAAGAGUAGUUGGAAGGGAAAUCCUGAGCGGAUGACAAAUGAGAUUGCUGCAGCAUAUGAUCUCUUGAAUACGGAUAGAAACAACUUUGAUGUGACCAUCUGGUAUAACUCAACAUACAUUGACGACCCUUCAAGGGCACCUUCGGUUCGAGUUCCUCGCUUGCUCAAUCUGGUAUCAAAUGCUUAUCUUAAGUUUCUGAAAGGCCCCGGGACAAGGAUAUUAUUCGAGUUUGUCAAAGAAGUUCCUAAACACCAAACCAAAUUCCAUCUUGAUAUCGCUUCCAUGCUUGGCCCGCUCUUUUUCACUUGGGUUGUUCUUCUUCUAUUCCCCGUGAUCUUGACAUCAUUGGUGUAUGAGAAACAAGAGCGUCUAAGAAUUAUAAUGAAAAUGCACGGGCUAGGCGAUGCGAUAGGACUCAGGUACUUCCGGCUCAAUGACUACAGCGUCCAGUUCGUUUUCUAUUUUAUCUUCGUAAAUCUGCAAAUCUCCUUCGCCUUUUUAGCUUCUUCAAUAUUCUCAAAGGUUAAGACUGCAACAGUUGUUGCUUAUACAUUGGUGUUUGCAAGUGGGCUCUUGGGCAGCUUUCUUUUUGGAGAACUGCUUGAUUCUCCCUCAUUCCCCGAAAAAGGGAUUCUUGCCUUGGAGUUGUAUCCCGGCUUUUCCUUAUUCCGCGGAUUGUAUGAGUUCUCGCAAUAUGCCUUCCGUGGAAGCGGGAUGAAGUGGAAAGAUCUCAAGGAAAGCGGAAUGGAUAAGCUGUUCUACCUCAUGUCUGUGGAGUGGUUUGUGAUUCUCAUUGUGGCCUACUCUGUCGAUCUAGUUUCUUCAUCUGGGAAAAGUCCUUUCGUUUUCUUGAAGAACCCUUUCAAAAAAUCAUCUUCCCUACCAAGUCCUAGUGUGCAAAAGCAAAGCUCUGACAACGUUCUCAUUGACAUGGAAAAAACAGAUGUCACUCAGGAGAGGGAAAAAGUUGAGCAACUGAGGAAAGAAGGGAGCACAGGGCAUGCGAUUGUGUGUGACAACCUGAAGAAGGUGUACCCCGGUAGCGAUGGUAACCCGCCAAAACUAGCAGUAAGAGGGUUAUACCUCGACGUUCCUUCAGGGGAAUGCUUUGGCAUGCUUGGACCUAAUGGUGCCGGCAAAACCUCUUUCAUCAAUAUGAUGACUGGGCUUCUGAAACCGACAUCUGGAACAGCGUUUGUUCAAGGUUUGGACAUAUGCAAGGAUAUGAACAAAGUAUACACGAGCAUGGGCGUAUGCCCACAGCAUGACUUGCUCUGGGAGACGCUAACGGGAAGGGAACAUCUUCUCUUUUAUGGGAGGCUUAAGAAUAUCAAGGGCUCUGCUCUAACACAAGCUGUGGAAGAGUCUCUCAAAAGUGUUAGCCUUUUCGAUGGAGGAGUUGCUGACAAACCUGCUGGAAAAUACAGCGGAGGUAUGAAAAGAAGGCUUAGUGUAGCCAUUUCGCUUAUCGGGAACCCAAAGGUGGUUUACAUGGAUGAGCCGAGCACAGGACUUGAUCCAGCCUCAAGAAAGAAUUUAUGGACCGUGAUCCAGCGUGCAAAACAAAACACAGCCAUAAUCCUCACAAGUAUUUUCAAUCUCUUUCUCACUACUCACUCUUCUACAUGUGAAUCUGAUAGAUACCAUGAAGCUGAACCUAUUACUCUUACUCACUCGAUGGAAGAAGCAGAGUUUCUUUGCGACCGAUUGGGGAUUUUUGUAGACGGAGGCUUGCAAUGUGUAGGAAAUCCGAAAGAGUUAAAGGGAAGGUAUGGGGGAUCAUAUGUCUUCACGAUGACGACCUCAAUUGAACACGAGGAGAAAGUAGAGAGAAUGGUUCGACACAUUUCACCAAACGCCAAGAGAGUAUAUCAUUUAGCGGGAACACAGAAAUUCGAGAUCCCUAAGCAAGAAGUCAUGAUUGCAGAUGUGUUUUUGAUGGUGGAGAAGGCCAAAAGAAAAUUCACAGUUUUUGCUUGGGGACUCGCAGACACAACCCUGGAAGACGUCUUCUUCAAGGUUGCUACAACUGCUCAAGCCUUCAACUCUUUGUCUUAAUGAUUCACCCUACAUAGGUUGAAUCACUGUUGUUAUUGUUAUUAUUAUUCAAGGUAGGGCUUUUUAUUGACAAAUUUAAUGCCUUAAGAGACACGUUAACUGCAAUAGACUUCUAUAAUCAAUGUUUUGAAACAUG